CUUAGGCUCUGCCUCUCCCUUCCACCCUCCACUCUUCAACCACUAAACUCUCCACCGCAUCCCAUUCUCCCAUCUACAAGUCCCCACCUUUCAUGCUCGUUCCCAGCCUGCGCUUGCGCAGCUACUGCCACCACCAGAGAACCUAACAUGACGGGAGGACAUUGGGCUUGACUUGGACUAGGAUACCUUACUUUUGCUCCAUCCACCACCACCACCGCUACCAAUCGUGCGCGUGCGUUGUCUUCGUGCGACUCGUUGCUAUUUCUCACCUACCGCACUUUUUCGAUUCCUCUCUCCCCCUCUCUUACCUACCUUUUACUCCUAAAUAUUACUGUUCCUCCUUCACCCGGCCUUGGCGAACUCGACUCGUGCUUCACAAGCUAAUUUAGGCCUCCACACCCAGCGCUCCUUCCGCACCUCUGAUCUGGUCCACCCACGAAGCCAUGAUCUAGGAAGCCUCGCUCCGCCCGCCGACCUCUCUUGACUGUGCCUACACAAUGCUGUUUCUGCCGAACAACCUGCACCACCAACGCCAACACCGCAAGAUCAUUCCCCGUUAGAUUUACCGCCACCCCGAACGAACCAAACGAACCAACCCCGACCCGACCAGCACGCCCGUAUUCAAUUUCAAGCAGACGAUACCAUCAGCAUCAUCCCACGCCCGACGACUUGACUUCUUUCUUCUGUCGCUCCUGUGAUACCCACCCGUUGCCGACGAAGGCAUCCUCCCCGCCAAGUGCGCAGAGCAACCGUCGACGCGGCUCAGCAUGUCGCGUCAGCCCAUGAGCAUGGAGGCCAUGCUGGACGAGGAGAGAAGGGAUGUUCUGGCCCUACUCGAGGGUACGCCUAAUAGAUCCGGUUGGAACCCAGGCUCACCCGUCUCGGCACGCUCGCCGUCGCCCUACACCUCGCCUCGCUCUCCUGUACGAAGCAUGUUGGAUGUCGGCGACGAUGCUGGAAAGAAGAGCCCCGCUAGGACGCACGCUGUGCCGGUGCGCAGCAUGUUGGAUAUCAGCGGCCCUCCGCCCCCCGUCCGAAGCAUGCUCGAUAUCGACACCUCGGCCCCCAAGCAAGCCGCCAGCGCCGGUCCCAGCUCUCCCGUCGAAUCCCGCGCACCUCAUCCACGGACCUUUUCCGACUCCCACUCUCAGAAGCCCAGCUUCGGCCCCCGCGCCGCCGCCAACCGCCUGGAUCCCACUGCCGACUACCAAUUUUCUGCUAUAUCUACCAACAACAUCGGACAGGCUAUGCCGAAGCGCAACACCCAAGGCGGCAAGGGACCCGGCGCAAAGAAGUCGGGCGGCGUCAUGGCCGAUGUCAUGCGCGGCAAUGAGAUCCCUGGCAUUGUACUUCCAGGCGACAGGGCCCGUCAUGGCUCUAUUGCCAGCAACCCCUCCAUCAACCUUGGCGGUAGAAGUUCAAGCAGGGGUCAAGGCAGCAAAUCCAAGUCUCCUCAUGGCCGACUGAGCAUGCGCUCCCGUUCGCCCAACGUCAGCGGGCGCUUUCAACAGAUCCCUGGCACUGCCGUCCUCGACGACGGCCGUGUAGUGGACAUAUCAACCGCCUACCGCAAACUUUCAGAUGCGAAUCUCGCAUUCUCGGGCGGCGGUCUUUCGGGUUUGGCUGGCCGCAAGAAGUCUAGCGUAGAAGAUGCCGGUGUCGGCCGGCUGACGAAAGACUAUCUUAGUCCCGAUGGAGAGGAGCUUGAGGACAGCAGCGACGACGAUGCACGCAGCUCCUCGGACGAGGAGAGCCAGAGAGGACGUAAGAUGUCACCUCGAUCCUCGGAAAGUGGCGUGAAGUCUUCCGAGGCAAGCAAGGCCGACCGCAAGACACUCAGCCUGCUUGCUGCUGCCGAGGAGGAGCGCCUCGCGGUCAGUUCCAAGCAACCGCAGUAUCAAUACAAGUCGUUGUUGGACGAGCCAUCCAUUACACUCACUAAGCCCACUGGCGAGAGGGCGAAGCCGAAAGCUGGCGUCCGCCCAACCACGGCGUUCGAUAACGAGCCUGGCUCGGGAAUGGCUUCCGCCGUGAAUUCGGAUGAUGAGGAGGACCUCAACGACAUUAAGCGGGCCCAGAGACUGGCCUUCUCUCGAACGGAGAUUCUCAACAACCCAGAGUUCUCCCGAACUCUCCGUAUCAUCAUGCGAGGCGAGUUCGAUCAGAUUCAGAAGGCGGCCGAAGAGGAGCACCACAGGUUGAGAAAGUACCUCGUGGCCACGGACCUCAGCGAGGAGUCAACGCAUGCGCUGGAAUGGACCAUAGGCACAGUCUUGCGAGACGGCGACACCCUGAUUUGCAUUUAUUGCGUGGAUGAAGAGACGGGCAUCUACUCAGCCGAGGGAAUCAUGGUCCCCGACGAGCGCGCAGCCCAUCAGGAACAGGCAGCUGCCAUUAACGCCAUGUCGAGCAACAAGGCGGCGCCGCCAGGAAUGACAGCUGGCCCGUCCUACCCCCAUCUCCCGCGAGCCUCGGCUUUGAAUGCUAGCGACUCGUCAUCACCGGCGCCGUCGAGUAGAGAGCGCGGCCGGGCCGAGGAGGAGCGCCGUCGUGCAGUGUAUGACAUCCAAGAGCGGGUCGAGCGGCUGCUGCGACGGACGCGUCUGCAAGUACGAGUUAUUGUGGAGGUAGUCCACUGCAAGAACCCAAAGCACCUGAUCACGGAGGUGAUUGAUCUCGUCAGCCCUACGUUGGUGAUUUUGGGCAGUCGUGGCCGUAGUGCUCUCAAAGGUGUCAUAUUGGGAUCCUUUUCAAACUACCUAGUAACCAAGAGUUCGGUGCCUGUCAUGGUGGCCCGCAAGCGACUCCGCAAUAAGAGCAAGUACAAGAGAGGCACCAUCAAGCAGGUCAACGAUUUGAACAAUCCCGGAACCAAGAGUCUCGCCAACGCGAAGAUCGACUAGAAGGACCCCGCGCCGAGGCGUAGGCUAUCAGGACUCUGGGAUCGUUUCAGCACGAGAAGAGCAUCGCUGGUCGAGGAGCGAGAGCUCGGCCAGAUGGAGCAAAUAAAACGAGGGGAGAGCCUGUAACCGACGGCAGGGCAUAUUUUUCGUUUAUCUAUCAUAUGAACCUGUCGCGGCCCAAAGGAAGGCAUUGGUCGGACGCUUAGGUGCUCCAGGGCGUUCGGUGGGAGGCAAUUUUUUCUGGUUUGAGAAUGGGACAUGAAGAUAGCAAGCGUGGUUGGGUCGAUACAUCCUACGCACGGCUCUCGGGUUUCUCCUGUAAGGAUUUGACGGAUAACGUUGUCAUAAAAGCGGCAUAGCGGUAUUUACAGUACCAAUACCAGAUUGUUAGGCAUCAUUGCCCGAUUUUUUUAAGUUGACAGUCUAGCAGUGAGGCAAGUGAGGAGUGGGCCGGAGUGGGCUGGAGUGGUUGAAGGUAUCA